AUGCUGUGAUCUCCCCAGUCUUCGUUGUUUUGCCCACAUUAUAAACGACUUGUGAUAUAAUGGCCCUCUUGCGAAGUUUUCUUUGCUGCAGAUCCCAUCAAAAUAGUGCGAGCCCAGAGGCAGUACAUGUUCGAUGAGAAAGGAGUACAGUACUUGGACUGCAUCAACAAUGUUGCCCAUGUGGGACACUGUCACCCAGAAGUGUUCACAGCUGCCCUGAAACAGAUGGAACUGCUAAAUACAAACUCCCGAUUCCUCCACGACAACAUUGUUGAGUAUGCCAAACGCCUCUCGGCCACCCUGCCCAAGAAGCUCUCUGUUUUCUAUUUUACAAAUUCAGGAUCUGAAGCCAAUGACUUAGCUUUACGCCUGGCUCGGCAGUUCCGAGACCACCAAGAUGUGAUCACUCUGGACCAUGCUUACCAUGGUCACUUAUCAUCUUUAAUUGAGAUCAGUCCAUAUAAAUUUCGGAAGGGCAAAGAUGUCAAGAAAGAGUUUGUUCAUGUGGCACCAACUCCAGAUAUUUACAGAGGAAAAUAUACAGAAGACCACUCAGACCCAGCCAGUGCUUAUGCAGAUGAAGUGAGGAAGAUUAUUGAAGAAGCUCAUAACAAUGGAAGGAAGAUUGCUGCCUUUAUUGCUGAAUCCAUGCAGAGUUGUGGCGGACAAAUAAUCCCUCCAGCAGGCUACUUCCAGAAAGUGGCAGAAUAUGUACACAGAGCAGGGGGAGUGUUCAUAGCUGACGAAGUUCAGGUAGGCUUUGGCCGAGUUGGAAAACAUUUCUGGAGCUUCCAAAUGCAUGGUGAGGACUUUGUUCCAGAUAUUGUCACAAUGGGAAAACCCAUGGGCAAUGGCCACCCAAUGGCAUGCGUAGUGACAACCAAAGAAAUUGCAGAAGCCUUCAACAACGCUGGGGUGGAGUAUUUCAAUACGUAUGGAGGAAAUCCAGUGUCCUGUGCUGUUGGUUUGGCUGUCCUGGAUAUCAUUGAAAAGGAAAACCUCCAGGGAAAUGCUAUGAAAGUAGGAAAUUACCUUAUUGAGUUACUGAAUAAGCUGAAGACUAAGCACACUUUGAUAGGCAAUAUUAGGGGCAUCGGCCUUUUUAUCGGGAUUGACUUAGUGAAGGACCAUGAGGAAAGAACCCCGGCCACAGCAGAAGCCCAGCAUGUCAUCUACAAGAUGAAAGAAAAACGAGUACUGCUCAGUGUCGAUGGACCUCAUAGAAAUGUGCUUAAAAUAAAACCACCCAUGUGCUUCACUGAAGAAAAUGCAAAGUUUAUGGUGGACCAACUCGAUGGGAUUUUAACAGCUAUAGAAGAAGCCAUGCAAGCCAAAACUCAAAGUGUGAUCCCUGAGAAUACCCCGUGCAGAACAAAGAUGCACAAGGAUGCACAUGUGGAAUUGCUCAGUGACAGCAUCAAUGACCCCACAGAAAAUCCCAGCAGAAAGAGAAAUGGAAUGUGCACAAAUAAGCAUUCACUGCUCAGUAAAAGGCUCAAGACAUGAAAGAUUAGUAUAAUGAAGUCAUCAUUUUCCAGAGUUGCAGAGAAUGAAUGGAUACGUCUCAUCUCUUUGUAGUUCUAUUGUACUAUCUACAGGUAGAGUUUUCAUUCAGUUUAGAUUUGUAAGAAAAAAGGUAAAUGAGUAAUAAUAAUACACCAAGUGCAAUUAAACUAAGCCAAGAUUACUAAUUCAUUCUCUAGCCUAUUAAUUCCUUACUUGAGCUUUCUGAAGUUACUUAACUUAUUCUUCUAAAUUUAAGUUUGCAAAUACAAAACUAAGAUGGCAGUUUUACCUCUCAGGUUUCAAUGUUUGAAAUUAAAGAACUGAAUAUAAUAGAUUCUUAACUUUGGAGACUUGUGCAUUAAAUAUGAAUUCUAUAAUGGUUUAACAUAAAAAUAUAUUUAUGGGCUGUAAUAAAUAAAAGAUGAUGUA